AUGGUCGCUAGAGUGUGCAGCGAGCUCGGUUUGGGGCUUGUUGCCAUCUCCGAACCCAAUAGGGUUCCGGAGGACGGACGAUGGCUGUCUUCAACGGACAACCCGCCAUCAGCUGCCAUUACUUGGCAGUGGUCGCAGGCUAGGCUGCCCUGCUUGCCCCUCUGGAGAGGAAAGAGGUUUGCGGCGGUGGAGUGGGGGAAUACGGUGGUAGUUUUCUGCUACUUCCCCCCUAGCCUUGACGAUGAAGAUUUCCUCAGGGACCUCGGGGAGUUGGAGGGAAAGCUGACGGGUGCGUUGGGUCGUCCAAUAGUUAUAGCGGGCGAUUUCAAUGCCCGUGCACUGGCGUGGGAUAGCGGCGGCCGAAAUAGAAGGGGGGAUCUUCUUCUGGGCUGGCUAGCCGCCAUGGACCUGGUGGUCAUCAACGAGGGUACGGAGCCGACCUGCGUGCAUCCUCGUGGGGUCUCGAGGGUCGAUUUGACGCUGGCAUCGCCCUCUGCUGUCGGGAGGAUAUCGGAGUGGAGGGUAGCAUCAGAGGUGGAAUCCUUAUCGGACCACCUCUAUGUGACCAUGACGCUGGGGACCUCCAUCCUGGGCCCGGAGACGGGGAGAGUCGCCCUUCGGACGUUCCCGAGAUGGGUGGCCAGUAAGGUGGACUACGACUUGAGGGAGGCGGCAGCAAUUUUCUCGGCAUGGAGCGAGAGCCCCGGAGAUGCUGUUGGAAGAGCUCGGAACUUGGAUCGAGUAAUGCGGGACAUUUCCGAGGUCUGCAUGCCGAGGAAGGGACUCCCGAGAAGGCCGCAUGCAUAUUGA